AAGCCAAAGAUAAAGCGAUCGAACUGAAAUCAGCUAUGAUGGACAAAAAUCUUACAAUAUCUACACCGGGACCGGAAUGGCCAUCCGCGGCUCCGGCAGCACUUUUACUAGUUUUUGGAGUAACGGGAAAUGUAUUGGCCUUGAUUAUUAUCUGUUGUUCUUCUAAAAAUCACAAAUGGCGAUCCUUCUAUCGCUUCGUUUGUGGACUUGCCAUCACAGAUGGGGGUUCUUGGUGUUUUCUGGACUUUGUAGAAGAUGCCUCAUCAAAUAGGAUCCUCGCCUUGUUUUACUCGCUGACAGGCAUUAUGAUUCUUGCUACUACAAUUGUACUAAACACAACUGUUAUUAUAAAAGUCUGUUAUGACAGUCGCCAGAAGAAGAAUAUGUGCAUAACAAAGAAGAACAACACAUAUAUCAUGGUCUUUCUCUUCUUAAUUGUGAUCCUCUUUACUUCAUGUAUAUCACCACUUUUAAUAAACAUCUUCGGUCAUGCAAUUGGAGCAAUUUCCGGAAAUGGAUGGUUUGAACUCAAUGCUUUACGUCUUUCCAUCUCGAACUCAAUCAUUGAUCCUUGGAUUUAUAUUGUAUUUCGAAAAGAAACAUUUGAUUUUUUUAAGCGAAUGGCUUUAACAUUGGGACUUAUUUCUGAAUCAAGCUUAACCAGUGGUACUCCAUCCUCCAACAAAGAGAAUCCCAGCAGCGAUCAACUUGUUUCAAAGUCGUCAACGGACUUGGCUAAUCCUCAUAACCAAAAAUCUUACUAAAGAACUAAAGAGCAUACAUUUCCUACGCUGUGUAGAAACAAAUGAAAUCAAAAAGGACGGAAUAGACAGUCCCUUUCGGUUCUGUUUUUAUUACAGUGUUGGUCUAUAAACCAAGGCAGUAAAAGUUAAGGACAAAUAAGUAGUCAUUGUCCACUGUUGAUAUUUGUGAAGAACCGAAGGGGUGUAAAAAUAUGAUAAAAAUCUUAACCUUACAUGUUUGAAUGAUACACCAUAACUGUCUUAUUUUAUCAUAAUAAACUUAUUAUUCAUUUUUAUAAUGUAUAGGUAUUGUAAUCUGUGUUACUAGUACACUUUAU